UAGCAGAAAGUGGACACAAAAAUAACACGAUCACGUCUUUAACAUAAUUUGGAAUUACUUGUUGUACUGCCUUUCAUUUACUGUUUUAUUUUUAAUAAGGCAUUUUCAUGGCGGGUAAAAAGAAGGAAAACACUUUACAGGUGAAUAUAACUAAUGAUGAACAAUGGAACGAUGUUCUGGCAAUGAAAGGGUUAACAGUGGUGGACGUGUACCAGCAGUGGUGUGGGCCGUGUCGUGCUGUCAUGAGUCUCUUUAGAAAAAUGAAGAAUGAACUGGGAGACGACCUGCUGCAUUUUGCCACAGCAGAGGCGGAUAGCAUUGAAGCUCUGGAGAAGUACAGAGGGAAGUGUGAGCCCACCUUCCUGUUUUAUGCGGGUGGGGAACUGGUGGGCGUUCUGCGGGGGCCAAAUGCCCCUCUACUGCAGAAGACCAUACAAGAGGAGCUGAAAAAAGAGACAAACGUUCUAGAACACGGCACAGGACGCAAAGUGGUGAAAGAUGAAGGUUUAAUUGAGGAAGAGGAGGUGAACGAUGAUCACCAACAUGAUGAAGAUGUGAUGGUGCCCGCUCAUAAGUCUUACACUGUGGCACUAAUAAAGCCUGAUGUUGUUGCUCACGGCAAAGCAAAUGAGAUUAUUAUGAAGAUUCAGGACGCAGGGUUUGUGAUUUUGGCUCAUGAGGAGAGAACUUUAACUGAAGCAGAAGUUCAAGACUUCUAUCAGCACAAAGCCACAGAGCCAUACUUUCAGGAGCUCAUUCAGUUUAUGUCGAGCGGUCCGUCCCACGUUCUGGUCAUUUCUAAGACGGAGGAAUGUGAUGACGUCAUCCCGGCCUGGCGGGAAUUUAUCGGUCCACCGGACAUCGAAGAAGCAAAGAUGAAACAGCCGGAGAGCCUGCGAGCUCAGUACGGGACCAAGAGCGUAUUUAACGGCCUACACGGUAGCAACGACAGCGAGCGUGCCAGCAGGGAGCUGGCGUUCUUCUUCCCGAACUUCAGGAUGGCGAUGGCGGACUCGGAACAGGAGACUGUGGAGAGGACACUGGCGCUUAUCCGCCCAGACGCUGCCAGGGAAAACAGAGAGGAGAUUCUGGCCCGGAUCCACGAGUCAGGUUUCACAGUGGCGAUGCAGAGAGAGGUGAUGCUCUCUGAAGAACAGGUGAGACAGUUCUACAGCUCUCACCUGCAGGAGGAAUACUUCCCCAGACUGAUGGAGUGUAUGACCAGUGGGCCAGUGCUAGCAUUAGCUCUUGUAAAGCAAGGAGCUGUAAAACACUGGAGGGGCAUUCUGGGACCCAAAGAUCUCAUCCAGGCUAAGAAUGAGGAACCCGAGUGCUUGCGAGCUCAGUUUUCCGCUGGGAAUCCCAGUGUUAACCAGCUGCAUGGCAGUGGAAGUCCAGAGGAGGCAGAGAGAGAGAUCCGAUUCUUCUUCCCCACAGAACAAACACUGGCCGUCAUUAAACCUGACACUGAACACAGAGAGGAAAUCCUGAAAGAGAUUCGGGCGAGAGGAUUCACCAUUUCACACAUGAAGGACACGGUUCUGUCCAGAGAUAUGGCAGAAGAGUUUUAUAAAGAACAUCGGGAUAAACCCUUCUUCAGCCAGCUGGUGGAUUACAUGUGUCGGGGCCCGUGUUCGGUGUUGGUUCUGACCAAGGAGAACGCAGUGGAGGAGUGGAGGGCAACCAUGGGCCCUACAGACCCCAGCGUGGCGAGAGAGAUGGCUCCAGAGUCUUUAAGAGCCCGCUUUGCUAAAGAUGUCUUAGAGAACGGCGUCCAUGGCUCCUCCAACACAAAACACGCACACGAGAAGAUCCAGUUCAUCUUUGGAGACAUCGACUCAGAGAGCGAUCUCAUCCAUGAUGCUGCUUCACCUCCUUUAGCUGCUGAUGAAAUGAACCCUGAGACGACAGAGAGACAUCCAGCAUCCCCUGAUCAGCUCACGGCCGUCUCGCAUCAGACAGAAGCGACUCUCUCCUCCAGUCAGCCUGACACAGAAGAUCAAACAAGUACAUGAAGUCUGUGAGAUCAUCGGCCGAUGAAAAGGAUGUGUAAAGGUGAAGCUUUUACCUAUUCGUCCAAACUUUCAUGAGGAACAAUAUUGCAAUAAUUUCAGGCCUGAAGCAACAUGAAGAUUAAUUCUGAUGUUGUCAAGUAGGUUUAAUUAGAGAAGACAGUUGUAGAGCGGAGGAGGGCGGGGCCGGGCUGGAACGACGCACACCCGGUCCUCAAUCAGCCGGUCCCUCGCGCACCCCAUCAGGGUGAUUAGGGACCGGGCGUGCGUCGUUCCAGCCAGGCCCCGCCCUCCUCCGCUCUACAACUGUAUAUAGAAGAUUUUAUGGUUUCCUUUGUAAUUGUUCUCCUCCAGUUUGAAGCUGAAGGCAUCAGGAUGUACGGCAGCAACAGCCAGAUGUUUGUGGUCUCAUCUUCAGUCGUACAUUCGUUACGAAUCAA